GUUAAGAAGAUUCCUGUGACAGUUACAUGUUGAGGGAGUGGUAGAAGAGUCAUUGUGGCAGUUCCUAUCUAUUCCACUUCAUUGAAAGCUAGUCCCACUUGAGCUUUCUUUCCACAAAUCUCUCUUUGCAUAUCUUCAAUGAAAACCUGAGUGUCACCAACUCCAUCUUUCAGUUUCAUCUUUCACACAUACACACUUAAAAAACCACUUCUUCUUCUAGUGCUUCUGAUCCAAACCACCACCAUACACAAAAUUCAUAUUGAAACUGUGUUCUGUUUGUUUGUUUGUUACUCUACUAAUCUUUAGAACAAUUCAGUCUUUGGAUUUGUUUGUGUCCUUUUUAUCAAUCAAGGCCACACUCAAAAUCCCAAGUUUUAUAAAUCAAGGAGACUAAUUCAUUUCUGGGGGUAAAGAAAGGGGUGGUGAUAAAUCAUAAUGGAAUCUGAAAAUGGAGUUGCUAUGGAGGACGAGAAACAUGUCAUUGGGGAAACAACCAAGGAGAACAUAAACAAAGAAGCUGAAAACAGUUGUAAUGCUGAAAUUCAGACCAAGAAUGAGGUAUCUGAAACUGAUGUAAAAGCUGAAGGGCCCAAAUCUGCAGCAAGUAAAAUCUCAAAACUUGCCAAGGGACAUGUUGGCAAAGGUGGUGUUGCUUCAAAGAACAACAAAUCUGCCACCAAAGACAAACCCAAUUUGAAGUCCACAACUUCAUAUCAAACACACAGGCCAAACCUUUCCAAGAGCUUUUCUUUCCCAGCCAAAUCAGCUGGUGGAGAGGGCGUGAAGAAAAGCACUAAUGGCACUCUCGCGAAGACAGAAACUAAGCAUGCUAAUGGGGCUAAAGCUGAGGCUUCUAUUCGCCGUUCAAGCAGGCUGACAAACUCCGAAGUUAACUCAAAGGAGGCAGAAACAAACACUGGAAAUUCUAAUCAGAGGACUUCUUUGACAUCCAUCACUAGCCUUAAAACCUCUGAGUCUGGAAUAUUUACAGUGAAUGCGGUUACCAAGAGCCUUACAUCUGAGGAAUCUUUACAUGUUGAUCAGAUUUCAACCCCAGCAAAAAUUGAAAAACCAAAUAAAGAGGAAGAUGAUGCUCAUUCUACAACUUCAAGUCAUACUCCUUGUAGGAGGAGCAGUGGAUCUGGAUUUUCCUUCAGACUGGAAGAAAGAGCAGAAAAGAGGAAGGAGUUCUUCUCAAAGUUAGAAGAGAAAAUUCAGGAAAAGGAAGCAGAGAAAACUAACCAGCAAGAGAAAUCAAAGGAAAACCAGGAGGCUGAGAUCAAGCAAUUGAGGAAGACCAUGACUUUCAAAGCCACUCCAAUGCCAAGUUUCUACAAGGAACCUCCUCCAAAAGUUGAAUUGAAGAAGAUACCUAUAACGCGCCCAAAAUCUCCAAAGCUUGGAAGGCACAAAGGAUCUGCUGUGAACAAUUCAGAAGAUAAAUCUUCUUCUAGUCCACAUGGAAAGCAACAACAGAAUGAUUCAACCAAGGCAAAGGCAAAGGGUAGUAAUAAAGAAGUGAUUCCAAAGAAACCAAUCAGAAAAUCUCAAGCCAAGCUGCAGUCUCAGGAAAGUGCAAUCAGAAAAACUGAAAAGGAUUCUGUGAAGCCUACUAAAGUCGACCAAGAUGCAAAAGCUGGCACAGGAAACAAUGAAGAAUGCCAUGAUCCAUCAGUUAACAAUUCUGAAUACCAAAAUGACAUGGAGCAAGAAUCCAAAAAUGAUCAUGAUCAGAAUGGUGCACUGGUCUUGAACUCAUCCACACCCGAGAUUGUAUCAUGAGGUUGCUGUUGGAGUGUAGAUUCAUAUAUAGCCGGAGAGUAUUUAUAUAAACAUAGGACUCCAUGUUACGAGUUAUUUCAUUAUUGUUGUGAAUAUAGAGGUUGCUUCAUGUUCAUUAUAAAUCUUGUAUUGCAUUUAAAGAUAGGUUGCUUGUUGUUAUAUUGAAGUGUUUCUGUUUGUAACGAAUAUUUUGUUAAUUCAUUAUUUACCAAACAAUUCAUGUGUUUUUCCCUCUAA